GGACAAGUCUCCCCAGCAGCACCCAGAGACGGGCUGGGAGGAAGCAGCUCACUGCUGAGCUCUGGGCAGGCGCGUGAGCUGGUCUGAGCCUGGCACUGCAAGCCUGAGAGCAAAGGAAAGAACCCUUUGUGGGAAUGCCCCUUGCAGGGACUCCUGCUCCUGUUAAAAGGAAAAAGUCCACUAAACUCAUUGGGAAGCUGACACACGAAGUCAUGCCACAAGAGGUGUCCAAGCUGAACUUGGGGAAGAAGAUCAGCAUCCCCAGAGAUGUGAUGCUAGAAGAGCUUUCUCUCCUCACUAACAAAGGAUCCAAGAUGUUCAAAUUACGUCAGCUGAGGGUGGAGAAGUUCAUUUAUGAGAAUAACCCUGAUGCCUUCACCGACAAUUCUGUGGAUCACUUUCAGAAGUUCAUCCCACCAGGAGGGCAUUACAGGGAAGAUGCUCAUGGCUAUGCCCACGGGCGGAUGGUAGGAGGAGUGACAGCUGGGCAGCAUGGCUCCAGUAAGCAGCAGUAUCCCGCUGUUCCUCCUAGGCCUGGAAACAAAGGAGGCCCUGGGGACAGCGAAGGGGAGCGUGCAGGGGAAUCAGCUGGAAGUGGUGGAGAAGGAGGUGAUGGUACUGAGAAAGAUGGAAAGUCAGGAGGCAAAAAACGCACUAUAUUUAAAACGUACAUCACCCCCUGGGAACGAGCAAUGGGUAUCAGCCCCGAGGACAAAAGUCAGUUCACCAUUGACUUACUGUCAUAUAGUCCCAAAGCUGAUUUCCCCCAUUACAAGUCUUUUAACCGGACUGCCAUGCCUUAUGGAGGUUAUGAGAAAGCAGCCAAACGGAUGACCUUCAAAGUGCCUCAGUUUGAUAUCUGCCCUUUGCUUCCGGAAUCUCUCAUGAUAUAUAAUCAAAAUUUCAGCAACAGACCCUCCUUCAACAGAACCCCAAUACCUUGGAUGCCUUCAGGAGACUCCUCUGAGUACCAUGCUGAGGUCAACGUGCCAAGGAGUGGUGAAACAGAAGAGCUGUAAAUCCCCACAGCCAAGUCCUUCCUUUUUUCUCAGCCCUUUCUACUUGCAACUUGAUAGUAAGGAGCUGAAA